CAUUUUGAUUUUGGAAAUGAAAAAGUCUCAAAGCCUUGAUUACAUUUCUUAAUAUUAUGUUAUCUUUAAUUGAUUAAUUGUUGUUUUCUAAUUGUUCUCGUGGUUUAUCAAUCAUCAUUUCACCAAGAUGAUUAUCAACAUGUUGAUUAGAGUAAGUGUGAAAUGUGAUCUUUGGGUUUCAUAGGGAAUUCAGUUAGAGAGGUUGUGAGUUGUAUUCUCUUGAAAGUUUCAAAGAGAAAAGAAACAAAUAGAGAAAAGUUAAAGGUAAACAAAUCAUCACAACGAUGGCAAAAAGAUGGGGAACUGUGGGUUUAUGUUCAAUUGGAAAUUUGAUUAACUCAGCUGAUCGGAUAAUCAUGCCGAUUGCCAUAAUUCAGAUGACAGAUCAAUACAAAUGGAGUCUUUACUGGCAAGGUUGGAUUCUCAGUUCAUUUGCAUUCGGUUAUAUAACUAGUCAGUUAAUCGGUGCCCGAGCUGCCACUAGAUAUGGAAGUAAAAAAGUCUUAGCCUGGGCUGUUUGUCUUUGGUCCGUUUCCACACUCAUUACACCUUUAGUUACACCUCAUUUAUAUCUUUUAAUUGCUUGUAGAAUACUUUUGGGACUUGGAGAGGGAUUAGGUUUACCAACAAUAUUUACUAUUUUUGCUCAAUCAGUGCCGGUUCAAGAAAGAUCUUCAGCUUUUGGUUACCUGAUAGGUGCCGGGCAUGUUGGUCAAACUUUGGCUGCUCUCAUAUGUCCUCAUCUUAAUUGGGAGCUUUCAUUUUAUCUUUUUGGUAGCCUUGGGAUUGUUUGGCUUUUUGUUUGGAUGGUUGUAUAUAAAGAAGAGAAAUUACCUCAAGAAGAUGAAUUACCUUUAGUUUAUUCAAAAACUGGAGCCAAACAAGUUCACUGGGCUCGAUUUCUUUGCCAUUGGUCCUUAUGGGCUAUUUAUAUCGCUCAUUUUGCAAUGAAUUGGUCUAAUUACAUAAUAAUGCAAUGGUUACCUACUUAUCUUUCAAGAUAUUUAGGCGCUAACAAAGAAUCAAUCAGUUUAACGGCAGUACCUUACAUAGUCAAUUCCUUGUUCGGAGUUUUUUCAGGUCAUUUGGCUGAUUGGUUAAUAGCUAAAAAUUGGUCUAUUCUCUCUGUUCGACGAAUCAUGACCGCUGUUGGCCUUUUUGGACCAGGGAUUUUCUUGAUAUGUUUUUGUACAGUAAAUAGUUUAUUAUACGCAGUGAUAUUUGUAUCCAUAUCGAUGGGUCUUUGUGCCUGUAACUCGGCGGGUCAUCUUUCUAAUCACACUGAAGUUGCUCCAAAACACGCUGGAUUAACCUUCGCAAUCUCAAAUACUUUGGCCACCAUACCUGGUAUUCUGUGUGGACCCUUGACCGCUGAACUUGUUGUGCAAUCGCAUGGUCGUUGGUUUCCAGUUUUCAUUAUUGCAGCAGCGAUUAAUUUUGUUGGAGGAAUUAUUUAUGUUAGUCAAAGUACAGCGAAUCCAAUUUAUCAAUGAUGCGAAGAAAAAUAAAACAAUCAUUAUCAAUGGAACAAACAAAACAAAGCAAAACAAAAGGAAACACAAUUCAUGAGAAAAACUUGAUAUUCCUUGAUCAUCCUCAUUCUCAUCUUCAUCCUCAUCAUAAUUAUGGUACAUAUUGUACUCUUGUCGUGUUUUUAUUUAUAUAUAUACAAUUGAUUUAAAUUAUUCAGCAAACACCAACAAUCAUCAUGGUUUUUAUCAACUCUCUUCAUGUAAAAGGUGACAAGUAUCAAUCUUCAAACCAGCUGGAAUGGUGGAGACAUUUUUUUUUACAUUUACUAUUGAAAACAAUUGGAACUCAAUAAUUCAUUGAUUCGUUUAACUCAAAGAUUCAUCAAUCUGAUUGAUUGAAUCCUCACCGUUUGGAUGGUUACAUGUGAACGUUACCUGUUUCUUUUAACACGAACCUCAUUCAGAAGAUAAUACGUCAACAUGUAAACAGAAGGAGAACCGAAACACUUUCAAUCACAUGAGAAGCAAUUAACGCUAAUUAUUUUGGGAAUAAUACUAAUAUUUUAUCAAUACAAUCGUAGAUGAAAAAGGUUGAAGAGAAAAACAAAAAACCCCCGAAAAAGAAAAGAUUAACAAUCAAUGAAAUGAAAUUAAUAUUUUUGCUAAACUCUCAAUACCAAAUAAGAGAAAAAAUAAUCUCAUUAAGAAAAACACAAUUAAAAAUGAUUCUCUUUAUUCUCAA